CAAUGUGACAACAGAAGGAUUUCAUCUGCCACUUUAUACAAAGCAAUCCUGCGUUUCUUACUGAUGCUAUGGCUGGUUUCCAGCUUCCAGUUUACAAUUGUUUAAUAUGUUUAGCAUCUACACGCACAAAACAUGUGAGGUAAGCUGAUCCAUAUAGUUUGUUGUGUUUCUCAACAUCAUUAUAUCACAGUAACAUGCAAUUAUUACACAACAAAAGCCAUAAAAUCUUUCCCCGAUUUAACACGUCUUUAAAAUGUUCAUUUACACCUUGUGAGCCAGUGGUUCUUGACAUGUACCUUAAAGAAACUGAGAAAAGCAUUAAGCCAAUGUAAUUGAAUUAAUGGAAAUUUAAUGUCUUAUCCUUACUUAGUCACGAUGUAAGAUUCAAAAUAACAUUUGCUGUUGCUAAAUAUAGAAGGGAAAAUAUUUUCAAAAGAAAACUCUACGAGUGAAGCUGUAGUGUCAGCUCAGAGCCCUUGGUGUACAAUAUCAUCUGCUCAUCAGCUGUAAAACAGUGUGAUUUCAAGCACACUGUGGUUAUAAGUAGCAACACAGUCUACCCAGUCUGUUUUGACUGGCUGAUUAGAAACACAUUUCCCAUCCAAUAUCAACCAAACACCAAAAGCAGGAGGGGGAAUCUGGCGUAUUGUUAGUGGAAAGUGUGAAACUUCUCUCUUCCUAGAACACAGACUGAGCCUCUUUCAUAACAUAACUCCUCUAACCUCACUAAGUUCAAUCAUGAAGUUGGACUCCAUCCCUCUGUGUUGUCUGCAUGGGUGGAGACUGGAAGAAGCAGAGGAUGGACCGUUAGACGUCACCACCACUCCCCAUCUCUCCUGCUCGACCUCUCGCUCCCCCUCAGUCAGGAUUGAUGGUGAGUGAGGAUGAACGGGAGUUUGCGUCACCGCAUUGUGCAAUAGAAACUGAAUGAAAACCCGAGUGAGGGACUGUUAACUGGGAAUCAUUUUUGUCCUCCGAGAGGCGUCGUUGGAUCCGUCUGUUUGCAAACAAGUUCAGAGGGAAGUCAUUUCACGCUUUUGCCGUAGGUUUCGUGCGCCUCGGAUGUUGCGCCACGCUGCAGAGUGAUUGCCAGCUGGCAUGAGAGUGAUAGCGUGCAGUUUACAGUACGCGGGCAAUAAAACAUUGAUCUUCAACAUUUCCAGUGACGAGAGCUGAUGAGCGCGCCGCACCGUUUCCUCUCCAGCUAUUAGACGUCUUCAAUAUGCCGUUUAUCGUCGUUGUCAGAUGAUACCUGUUGAUUUUGCAUCGCGCCAUGUCCUUCUGUCGGACUGAAGUGGACAAUGAAGUUAUGGGAUAGCCUGACCACUUGUUUGAUACUGCUGAGCGCCGUGCACGCCAGCCCGCUGCCCCGGAGCCCGCAGCGGUCCACGUCCACCAAGAGGAGAGGGCGCGCCGACGAGAGUCCCCUGGAGCUCCCGCCGGUUCAGAUCCGCCUGUCUGUCACCUCCCACGGCAUCAGCCGCGCUGAGGCGGAUGCAGCGGACUGGGAAGAGACGCUGGCUGGAGGAGCAAAAUACCUCAUGGACGAGCCCCUGCCGGGUGAGUUUGAAGAUGUGGUGGACUUCAUCAAAGUGACCAUCAGCAGAAUACGUCGCUCCUCGUCAUCCACCACGUCCUCAUCUACCCCACCCUCCACCACUUCCUCCCCCUCCAAAGAAAACUCAAGCAGCAGCGCUCGACACAGAAGGGAGAGGACAAAGGGGGUGAACCAUCAGGGUGGUAAAGGAGGAAGAGGAGGAGCUAGAGGAGGGGAGACAGGCAGGAAGGUUAGAGGAGGAGGCGGCAGUGGACGAGGACAGGGUUGUGUGCUCAAACAGAUCCACCUCAACGUGACGGACCUUGGUCUGGGCUACCGCUCAAGUGAGGAAAUGAUAUUCAGGUACUGCUCAGGACCCUGCAGGAAGUCCGAGACCAACUACGACAAAAUCCUGUAUAACCUCGCUCAUAACAGGAGGCUUCCUUCCAGAGACACACCCCCUCAGGCUUGCUGCCGACCAAUAGCAUUUGACGAUGAUCUCUCGUUUCUGGAUGACAACCUUGUUUACCACACCGUGAAGAAGCACUCUGCCAGGAAGUGUGGCUGUGUGUAGCAAGUGUAAACUAAUUUGUGUAAUUUUGCAUUGACUCCCACUUUGAAGUAUGGUAUUGGGUGUUUUUUCUUCAGAUUUUUGAAAUUGUGAGGAAACUUUCUGGCGUGACACGUUACCAUGCUUGACUUGAGUCCAACAGUAAAUGAGUAAAUAAGGAGAAGAGGUGGCAUCACUUCAGUUUUUAGCCCAAAGCGAUGGCCAAUCCGCUUCUUUUCAACCUGAGCUCCAUCACAAUAUCCACGAUUUGCUUUACUGUCCACACCUUACAUCACAAAUCUGUUCAGUGUAAUUGGAAAUGUUUCCACGGAUACUCAACCAAAAAGACUGAAACAAGCUCAAACACAAUUCAGCAGACUCACUCUGUCUACUGUAUAGCACAUAUGUUACAUGGACACUUGUGAAAUGUAUUUAUGAAAUCUUGAAUAUAUUAACUUAUUGAUAUUUAUUUUUGUUUUUAUAAAAUUAAUAAAUGUUAUUUAUUAUUGUAAUGUGAUAUUUUAGCGUGUGCCAAAGGUUUAAAUCAAAUAAUUUUUAUUUCCAUAUAGAAGCAGUAAAACAACUGGGUGGUUUACAUUGCAAAAAUGAUCUUUUACGCAUCAGGAUCUUAUGUUUAAGGUGCCCUGCGGAGUUGUCUUGUAAACAAACACGUUUGCCUGCACGUACGCACGAUACAAAAAAAAAAAAAAUCAGGGUGAUACUCUUAAAACGUUGCUCUAUAGUGCUACUAGUGGUCAAAAACUCCACAGGGCACUAUUAAAGUUUUUAUUCACAGGAAAACUUUCCUCAUGAUCUUAACGUUUACAAUGUUGUACAAGCUGAGUGUCAUUUGACUGCAUUAUUUCCUGUUUGUUUGUUUUUUUUAUGAGGUAAGAAAAGCUUUAGAUUUGUUCUCAGAUUAGAAGAACAGUUGAUGAUUCAUGGUUAGUCUCAUGUCCUCCUCUAAGAUGAAUUGCUGUGGUACUGAAACAAGAUUUCCUCACUUUAAAAACAUGACUACAUUUUAUUUUUAUACAGUAAUCACCUUUAAAUAGUCCCAUUUAAUUGUUAAUAAAUGCAUUCUUACACAAUGCAGUGUAUUCUGUAAUGUACACACAGGAAUCAUUGUUUCUGUCCUUUGAAACCACCUUGUUACUACUACCACCCUUUACUCAGAAAAAACUAUUACAUUAUUAUGCUAUUACAUAAACUUGACAUCAAAAAACAGUUGGGGGGGAGACCCUUGAAAGAGAAUGGUAGCAGAAAUUAAUCAUUGUAUUUCUGUCACUUUUUGUGUAAAAGAGGAAAAGGAAGAAUAAAGCAAUAGAGCAUUAGGGAUGAAUCUAUUGAAUCCUUUAAGAAAUGAGAGAAAACAUAAAAGGAUGAAUAGAAUCUGAUGUUAUCAAAUGACAGGAACAGGCAUUAAACACAGGAGAGAAUGGAGCACACAAACCCAGUACAGUUCUUCACCUGCAGUAUAAGAAUAGAGGGAAGGUGAGACCGACAGUGAGGGAUGAACGAUACAUGGCUGAAAGAUGAAUGUUAAAAGAUCUUUCAACAUAAAGAAAACAUGGAAGAAUGAGCAACAAAGAGCUAGAAGAGGAGACAAUGAAUGACACUAUGAUUAAAAGGCGGCAAAUAUCCAGAGAAGACAAUGAUGUAAGAGAACACGAGAAGAGAAGUCUCGCUUAACUUGUGUGUGUGGUCGAUAUCUGAUCCAUGCUCUGCUCUCUCACAUUUCACAGCCCUUCCUCUGCCUGUCUCCUGAGCUGUGAGUCAGUACAGCCUGGUCCAACAACUACAGGCCAAAGUGGGCUUCCCAAGCCCCUAUUGUACUUUAUAAAACUUAGAUUUAUAAACAGCAGCCUGUGGUUCUCUGUGUGACAUUUUACCAAGAAAGAUCAUGCACCAGUCAGGCUCAGAGCGAUGAUGGUACAGUUUGACAGUUGGUGUUUCACUGGUAGACAUAGCUAAGAAACUUAAAGACAUGAAGAAGUUUAUUUUCCUGUGCUUGAAAUUAUUAACUACUCAAUGAACAUAUCACCAUGGUAACAUUA